UGUGAUCGUAUAGUUUGCCUUUUUUACACUGUACUUACACAGGAAUUACAAAUAAAUGAACAAAAGGGAUCUGAGAAGGACAACCCUUCAAUAAUUGUUCAGACAGAGACCGCCCAAAUAGAAAACACAUGCUAUUUCCUCCCUGCCUGACCAACUUGGCCUUAAGAGUACAAGUUCCCAGGAGAGGGCUGGGCCUGUCCAAGCAGGAACUGGAAUCAGAGGCUUCCCCCGCUACUCGCUGGGAGAGAAGAACAUUAGGAAUGACUUUCAGCACCGUAGCUCCUGCACUGUCUCCCAGUAGCUACACAGCUUCGGGGCAAUCAAACUGCAGCUCAGCCUCACCCCUGCAGGAGUCCAGAUGCAGGCCAAGUACAGCAGCACGAGGGACAUGCUGGACUUUGAUAGGGACACCGUCAUGAGUGUGUCAUCUCGAGCCUCUUCUGCGACCCAGCGGCCAGAGGCUGGGCACACAGGGCACCGGCCUCCCUCUUCAGUUUGGCGUCCAGUGGCCCUGACCCUGCUGACUUUGUGUUUGGUGCUGCUGAUUGGCCUGUUAGCCCUGGGCCUUGUGUUUUUUCAGUUCUACCAACUUUCCAAUACCCAGCAAGAUAGCAUUUCUCACAAGGAAGAAAGAUUGGGGAAUCUCUCCCGACAGCUGCAGUCUCUCCAAACCAGGAACAGGAAGCUUGCGGAAAUCCUGCAGCGUGUGGCUGAAAAACUGUGUCGUGAGCUCUAUAACAAAAGUGGAGAGCACAGAUGCAGCCCUUGUCCAGAAGAAUGGAAGUGGCAUGGGGACAAAUGCUACCGAUUCUAUAUAGAGAGUAAGAAUUGGCAAGGCUGUGAAUAUUUCUGCAUUGCUGAGAAUGCGACCAUGCUGAAAAUAAACACACAGGAAGUGCUGGAGUUUGCCAUGCCUCAGAGCUACUCUGAGUUUUUCUACUCUUAUUGGACAGGGCUAUCUCGCAACAGCAGUGGCAAAGUCUGGCUGUGGACCGAUGGAGCCCUUUACUCCCCUGAACUGUUUGAGAUUAUAGUAGAUUUUACCAGCCUAAGAAGCAGAGACUGUGUGACCAUCCUCAAUGGAAAGGCUUUCUCAAAAGACUGCAAAGAGUUGAGGCGGUGUGCGUGUGAAAGAAGGGCAGCCAGAGUGAAGCCCGAGAGCUUCCAUUAGCUUCCCCGAGCCAUGGACUCUCCACCAUAAUUGCAACAUCAUGGUCUCUUCAAGGAGACUGAAGAUCAGAACAGAAGUCAGUCUUUUUAUGUGCAGCUCUAAGAAUCUGGUUUCAGUUCCUAUUUUCUCCCAUGUGGUCCAUAUUUAUACAACAAUUCAACAAAAAGGUUGAGUCAAGCAAAGUCAAUGCAAAGGAUAUUUGAAACUUUGGAACAUG